GAAAAUAACUGUGGCCAUGAUGAUUUUGGGGGAAUGCAUAGUAAAACUAUCAGACAAUGUGAUGAUGGGAAAUAUAAUGAUGGGACACAUGAAUUGUGCCAGGAAUGCACAAACUGCACAUCAGAGCUCCUGCUGAAAAACUGUACCAAAGAAUCCAAUACACUGUGCUGUAACCCAGGGGAGGAAAAAGCACCAGAUGGAACCUGUCGUAACAAAAACUCCAUUGACGAAAUAAAUACCACUAAAGUUCCACUCGGUACACAAUCGAUAUCUGAAAAGGAUAACAAGCAUGACUCCAUUGAAGAAAGAAAUACCUUUAAAGAUUCACACAGUGCACAAUGGACACGUCACAAGCCUGGCAAAGAUUGGAUAACAACAGUAUUAGUAAUCUUAGCGAUUGUAGUUAUUGGAACAAUCUUCAUUACUGUCUUAAUUAUCCUUCAGAAGAGGAAAAGGACAUCACUCUGUGAAGAGAACAAUGAAAGCUAUGCUGGUGAUAGUAACAAUCCUGCUGCAUAUGUUCAUUUCAAGUGCGAGAAUCAAAUUUGUGACUUGGAGAUGAUACCUCUUCAGAAGGUCUUGGAUAAUAUUGAUAUGCUAGAAGAAUUAAUUAUGGUGCUGGAUCCUGAUGUGAAAAACCGAAAGAAUACCAGACACAUUGCAGCCAGAUAUGGUCUCCAAGCCAACUGGAUCAUCUAUGCCUACUCCAGAAUGGAUCAUUACAGCCCCUUGAAAUCUGUACUUGAGUAUGUUGUUUCCAAAAACCCUGAUUCUACUGUACAAGAAUUCAUUAAUAUUUUGUCUCAGAUUGGUAGAAAUGAUGCAGUGAAAAUUCUGCAAAAGAUGAUAUUAAUAAACUAAAUCAAACAUU